GUCGGUACCGAUCCACCUUUGGUCUGAGCCGGCGCAACACACACACUUCGCCCUCGUCGACGAUGGUGGAGAAGAGCAGCCAGAUCAACGACGACGAUGCCGCAGCGGUAAAGUAUGCUACGACUUCCACCUCAUCCGCGUCCAAGACUGCCCCUCGCAUUCCACCUCGGCCAAGCUCAUCGGCAGGUGCGAGAGGAGCAGAGGACGAGGGGGAAGGUCAAGCUGCACCUCAGGCACGAGAUGACAUCGCAGCCUCUUCAUCUACACCUGCUGGCGAUGAUGACGACGGUACUCCAACUGCCACUGUCACUGCCUCGACCUCGACCUCGACCUCGACUUCGGCUCCUGCUCGCUCUGCCUUCCUGCGCUCCGCCUCGAUCCCUACGCUGGACGUACGCCCACCCAAGCUUACCCCACGGUGGCUCUUUGCAGAAGGAAAGUACUGGACUGCAUUCGGCAUUGCUGAUUCCGCACGACUCGAGGAGGCUCUGGUCAAAUGGAAGGGAGAGAUGGCCAAGGAGGACAGAGUGGAAGAGCCAAAGGAGGAAGCACACAAAGAUAACAAGUCGAAGCCGACCCCACUGCCACUGCCAGAAGCAGAUCCCACCCAGCCUCUACCCUCUUGGCGUGUGCCCGUAGGCGCAGAUCGACUGUACGAAGUAGACCUUCGUCCUUCGCCACAUCUGAUGCAUCCCGUCUUCUGGAAGGCGCCUUCCUCGCACGUACGGCGCGGAUCUUGGUUCUUCGAGAGCAGCCGCAUCGUACCUUGCGAUCUAGAGUUGACUGCAGAGCUCACACGGCUCUACGAACAAAUCAGACCAUGGACCAAAGCGUACGCGGAAGAAUUGCGGAUAUCUGCCGGCAUCGGAGCAGAGGGCGAGGAGAAACUCAAGUGCCCCCUGGCCAGCCUCAAGGGUUCGUACGUCAUCUUCUCUGGCAGCCACAUCGCCAGAAUAUAUCAGGAGGGAGUCAGUACAAGACUGGCAAAGACGCUGCUCACUGCUUGGGCAGGAGAGCAUGGAGGUGGUACCGUCGUCAUCCGAGGCUGGGAUCAGGCUCAGAAGCUCAUGCGAGCUAGAAGGGGAGAUUUGACAAAGAAGAAGGCCAACAAGAACAGUGCCAGUCACGGCAGGUCAGUAUCCAUGUCGAAGAAGGCGGACUCUUCCUCGGCAGACGGCAGUGAGACACCCAAGCAACACGCCAAGGGAGACGAAUCCCCGAUGCCUGCUGGCAGUGCUCAGCCGCCAAACAAAGAAGGCGAAAGUGCAGAAGGGUCUCCGGCCCGCAAGCCGACGUCGACCGCGUCCACCUCCGCUCAACAAGCAGAUCUCUGGUCUUCGCUGACUUCUCGACUCGGAUCUUGGGGCUACUCGGGCUCUUCCUCGUCUCAGCUCACCGAGAAACAAAGGGCGGAUGUUGCCGAGUCAUUCAAAGAGGCUCAGGCAAGGAUACAAGAGACCAGACACGAGGCAGAUACAGAGUCACGUAACAAGAGCAAAGUAGACCCUUCCCCUCUGAGAGCAAACAUCACUGCCGAUACUGCCCGUGAAGAUGCGACUGCAGACGAAGAGUCGGGUGACGAAGAUGAAGAGUGGGAGAGGGAAAAGCAGCACGAGGAGGAAGACAUCGAGCUCAUCCUCUGCUGGCACGGCAUCGGUCAGAAGUUGGCAGAUGAGUGGAAGAAGCUGGAAUUCUCCAUUUCCGUCAUCGGCUUCCAGUCGCUUGUUCGCUCUCGCGCCAAGACUGCAGCGCCCAUCCAUAUCGGAGGACCAGGUUUCGCGGGUCUCGCCAAGGGAAAGAGACUUGUCUUCUUGCCCAUCAAUUGGCGGGCAACGCUCAACGACUUCCAGCCCACAAAGGAGAAAGAGGACGACGACAUCGAUGAUGACGAGCAUCUCAACAAUCAGGUCGGACUAGAUGACAUCUUCGGCACCAACGACUCUAUCCCUCUGGCAAGACAAGUGACCAAAAACCUGCUCUUAGACAUCCCUCUCUUCCUCAGCCAUCAUCGUCAUGAGGUUUUGCGACGUUGUGUCGCUGAAACCAAUCGAGCCUACGCCCUCUACUGCCAACGUAAUCCUUCCUUUGUCUCACGGGCUAAAGAGAAGGGCUCUCAGCCGAAAGUGUCCAUGAUCUGCCACUCCUUGGGGGCGGCACUUGCCAUCGAUAUACUCUCUGCUCAACCUACCCGGGUGGAACCAUAUCUCUCUGCAAAGGAGAUGCUUGCCUCACCUCACUUGGCGUACAAUACUCGCUCACUCUACCUCGUAGGCUCUCCUGCCGCCCUCUUCUACUACCUGCAGUCUCGACAGCUCAUUGCGCGCAAAGGUCGAGAGCUGACCAAGGGUGCUCGCAAGGACGAGGCUCUGGAUCGACCCGAUGGAGGGCAGUGGGGCUGCUUAAGCGCAGACAGGGUGUGGAAUAUCUUUAACUCCACUGAUCCAAUCGGGACCUGCCUGAACGGAUGCGUCGAUGCCAAGUACGCAAGUAAGAUGCCGGCUCUGGCGACGGACAAGGUGGUCAAUGGUCUCCUCUCGACGUUGCCCGGCUCCUCUCCAGAUGUGUAUAGGAAGACACCGGCCACUGCUGCUACCACAAACGAAGGCCUCACGCCUUCGAGCUCGUCAAGUGGCUUGAAUGGUAAAGAAAGUGGCGUCAAGUCGAAGGGAGCUGGCACGCCCUCAGCAAAUGCCAAUGGUCCUGCGGCAUCAGCCCGUAGCUUCCUGGACACCUGGUCGAAGCGUCUCCCUGGUCCUGCUACGUCCUCUCCCUCGCGCCAGGCGAGCGAUCACGAAGGUGGUGACACUGACGACAUCACAUCAGACGAUGAUGACGCAGCGACAGGCUCAGCGCGACGCACUCUGAAAAAGAAGAGCGCGCGUAGCUCAAGGGCGUCGACUGGGCGAAGGAAGAGUGGCGAGACGGACCCCUGGGCAGUGAAGUGGAGCAAGAAGCAGGAGGCGAAUAAGGCGGCGGCCAGGACUUUGCAGGAGCAAGAGCGGGGGCGAGAAGAGAAGGGAAGUGGAGAAGGAUUGAGCAAGAAGGAUGAUGGCGCUGCUCAGGGCAAGGGUGAGGAAGGCGAUGACGUUCUCCCCAAGAAUACCGACGAGGAAGACCAUGACUACCCGCCUACUCUUUCAGCUGACUCUGCGGACGCCAGAAAGCGUACUACCGACGGCAGUGCUGAUGACGAAGCAGCGCGUGAAGGAGCUGAGAUGACAGAGGCCGAUGCAGCUGCCUCUGCUCGAGCCUCAACGGACGGUACAUCUGACAGUCUAGCCCAACAAGCGACGGCCGCCCUUGCUGCUGCCAUCACUGGUGCGACUUCAUCCUCUUCAGCGCCAACGGGCACCGAGAGUCAAGAAGCUGCGGAAGAAGCAGGCAAGACGGUGAGCCAAUCCGCUGCUGCUGCCGAAAAGGGUGAAGACGCAACGGCUCUAGAGGGUCAAAGCGAAAGUGCUGCUUCGUCGGCAGAGGACAAGCCCGCGAGCAAAAGCAGCGACUCCCGCUCGCAUACAAGGGCCACCUCUCGCUUCCUCGCCCUCAAUCCCCUCGGUCGCAUAGACUAUGUUCUCCCGCGCGUCGCCGGCUCCUUCGACUUCGUCCUCUCUCCCGCAGGUCAGCUCCUCGAGUAUCUCGGCAUGCUGCAGGCUCACGCCGCUUAUUGGUCCAAUGAAAGUUUUGCGGACUUGGUAUUGGCGAGCUCGGCGGCUGUGCUGGAGACGGAGGGAGGAAGUGAGGGUAGGGCUGCGGGUGAAGAAAGAAAGGAAGAUGAGGGAGAGGAAAGGUGGAGGCGGGUCAGAAGACGGAUGUUCGGUGAGCAGGAUGUACCUACUUUAUAGAUGGACGGGGACCUGGCAUGCGUCGCUUCGUCUCCUUUACAGAUGACCGCAAUUCCACGGCUUUCCUCUGUGAUCUCUGCUAGAGUCAUCGUUUCUUGCGUUCAGCAAACAUCACAGCAGAGCACAGUUAUGAGCGAGCAAAGAACGUGCUAAUUACAAGGAUAGGGUGACGAUGGAGCAGACAGAGCACUUUAGCAACAGGGCUUGUCAGGGUGUGUCGCCCACCAGGGGCGCGGACACGGGAUAUCAAUGAUGGUGUGCUUUGGUUUGACAAGGGUGCGAUGAUCUGAUGGGACUGGAGACUAGAUCGCCCGGUGACUAGGACAUGACCAUCGAGCUGUCUGCUUCGUGUGAGCCAGCGAAGAG